AUGGCAUCCAGACUGACAUCUUCUGCCUUCCCAACGCCUUCUUCUAUCCGCUUCCAUCACGAUGUUCGUGCCAUGCGCUCAGAUGUGCGUGUGACACGGAAACUGUGCGUGAGGGUUCGAGAUCCGCCAAAACAGUUGACCAACACAAAUCCUUCGAAGCGGCAUAGGGAGAGACUAAAUGGUGAACUCGAGACCGUUGCCAUGCUUCUCCCAUACGACGGGUCUACCAUCAGCCGUCUCGACAAGCUCUCCGUUCUUCGGCUCGCCGUCAGUUUCCUUCAAUGCAAAGCUCACUUUCAAGCCUGUCUCCACAACUCGCAAUUCCUAUCCGCUGGAUUCCCGAUGUCAACGCACUCCUAUUCCUACCAACCACACCCUCCAAUGCCGUUCUCUAACAAGGUUCCAACGAUCUACGAUCCCCGUAUCGGUACUCCAAUGCUCGAUCCAGAAGAAGCGAAUUUCGAGGAGAUCGCGCUGAAAUCUUUGGGAGGCUUUCUUUUGGUUCUGAAUGACAAUGGAGAAAUCUAUUAUGCAUCUGAAAAUGUUGAAGGAUAUUUGGGAUUUCAUCAAUCGGAUAUUCUACAUCAACCGGUUUAUGACUUGAUUCAUUCCGAGGAUCGAGAUGAUAUAAGACAGCAGUUGGAUUCUAAUUUUCAUAUUCCGACGUCGACGUCUUCAACCUCAUUUGAUAUUUUUUCACCGCAAAACUCCAAAUACCUCGACCGUAAUGUCAACGCUAGAUUCCGAUGCUUGUUGGAUAACACUUGCGGGUUCUUGCGAAUCGACAUGCGUGGAAAACUAAUGUCUCUCCAUGGCCUUCCGUCGUCUUAUGUGAUGGGGAGAACCGCGUCGGGUCCGGUUUUAGGGAUGGUUUGUGUUUGCACGCCGUUCGUUCCACCAUCAACAUCAGAUUUAGCUUCAGAAGACAUGAUUCUGAAGACGAAGCACCAGUUGGAUGGGGCACUGGUUUCAAUGGAUCAGAAAGUCUACGAAAUGUUAGAAAUCGACGAGUCCGACCUCCCAAUGAAUCUCUAUAAUCUAGUCCACGUGGAAGAUGCCGUUUGUAUGGCAGAAGCACACAAAGAAGCCAUCAAAAACGGGUCAUCCGGUCUUCUAGUCUACCGUCUAGUCAGCCUAAAAUCUCAACGGACGUAUUUCGUUCAAAGUUCGUGUCGACUGUUCUACAAGAAUAGUAAGCCGGAGUCUAUCGGGUUGACACAUCGAUUGUUGAACGAAGUGGAGGGAACAAUGCUUCUGGAAAAGAGGAGCUCACUGAAAGCCAAGCUAUUGUCAUUUGACGACUCCUUCCUUCAAUCACCCAGAAACUUGCAAUCCACUGCAGCACUACCACUCCCACCAGCGUUGAAAGAGGAUCAGGAGGGACUGGAACCAUCCACCUCAACUACUCUUUUCCCAACUAUUUCUAUCCCUCCAACACCUACAAAACCAUCUCGUCGACGAAAAGAAACCGCAGAAAUGGUCCCUGUCCCAGCGACAAUUCAACCCGCAAUCCAGCCACCAAAUGCUCCUCAUUUCGAAAUGCAAAUGUUCGAUCCGUCAUGGAAUAAUGGAGUCUCAUGGUCUCAUGAUUUAUAUCAUCAGUAUCCACCUACCUAUCCACCUCCACCAGUGGCUCCGAUUGUCGGGUAUCCAGAAGUUCCGAUUCCAAAUAUUGAUUAUACGGCGGUGUGGCAGCAGAAUGAUCUCCACAUGCAAAUGUCAGCCUUGCCACAUAGUUUUGUACAGGAUGUUCAGAAGAUUCUUGAAUUAUCUGUUAGUGCUGGAUAUACUCUUUUGAGUCUGUAA